AUGAUUGCGAUGAUAGACCAAGACCAUUCCGCAUCUUCAAGUCCCUUCCAAAAGAAGACAUUACAAAGGAAAAAUUUUAAACAACUUUCUUUAGGCGAUACUAAUACUGUCCAUACUAAUACCAGUGUUGCUACACUUGGCACAUCGCUGAACAGUCUCAGUAUUGAGGAAACCAGUCAUGCACAGAUGCCCUCUCAAAAUAGUUUGUAUCUUCGAAGAGGAUUGAAAAAGAAACUGACAUUAGACGCCAAACCGCAACAAACAACUUCUAAAACAGAAAUUAGAAAUAAUAAUGUCAUAAUAGCAGACCCAAGUGAUAUAGAUAUAAACGAUACCAAUGCAUCGACAUUAAUCAUUCAAUCAAAUAAUUCAAUUCAAAAUAACAAACUUGAUUCAUAUUCCUCUUCAUCUUCAUCAUCUUCCACUUCUUCUCCAUCUACCAAUGUAACAAUAGAAUAUCAAUUGCAAGACUUAGUCCAAUUGGGGAAAAUUGGUCAAGGUAAUUCAGGUACAGUGCUGAAAGUGUUACAUGUUCCAACGUCAAAGAUACUUUCUAAGAAAACUAUUCCUAUUGAACAAAAUAAUGAUAUAAUUAAUAACCAACUAUUGAGAGAAUUGACAAUUAUGAAAGGAAUAAAACCACAUGACAAUAUCAUUUCCUUUUAUGGUGCGUUCAUUCGACAUUCUGUUAAUAAUGAAAUCAUAAUUUUGAUGGAAUAUAUGGAUUGUGCGUCUUUGGAUAAGAUAUUGAAUGUUUUUAAAAGUUUUAUGGAAAAAGAGAACGUUACCAAUUACAGGAAAACUUGGUUCAACAAUCCACUAGUUCUAUCGAAAAUAUCAUUUGCCGUUUUAAAUGGUCUUUCUUACUUGUACAAAAAUUAUAAAAUCAUUCAUAGAGAUAUCAAACCUUCCAAUGUUUUAAUUAAUAGUAAAGGCCAAAUCAAGAUAUGCGACUUCGGCGUUUCCAAGAAAUUGAUCAAUUCGAUAGCAGACACUUUUGUGGGAACGUCUACAUACAUGUCGCCUGAAAGAAUUCAAGGCAAUGUAUACUCCACAAAGGGUGAUGUCUGGUCUUUGGGACUUAUGAUCAUUGAAUUGGUUACAGGAGAAUUCCCAUUAGGUGGCCAUGAUGAUACUCCUGAUGGUAUACUCGAUCUGUUGCAAAGAAUAGUCAAUGAACCUUCUCCACGAUUACCCACAUCCUUUAUCGAAAACUAUUCCAGCCACAAUAUCGAAGAUUUGAAAGAAUUGGUUAAUUUUGUUAAUAGAUGUUGCGUGAAAGAAGAGAAAGGUAGAUCCUCCAUUAACGAGCUGUUAGUUCACGAUUUCAUAGUAAGAUACAAUGGGCCGUCAAAUACUGCAUCAAGAAAUUAUGAAAGAGAGUUUAGACAUUGGUGUAAGAAAAUUAAAUCAAAAUUGAAAGAAGAUAAACAAAUUAAACGUGAAAUCAAUGAGCGUGCAAAACUAGAACAACAAAGAACGGCGCAAAAGAAAUCUUUAAAUCGAUAG